CAAAGUCUUCCACUACCACUGCUCCCUUCAACUUCCACUAUUUCUCCCACAAGACUAUCUAUAUUCUGCGAUCAAGAAAUUACUAAGAAGCUGAAUUAAUUACCUCUUGCAAUCGCAGCUCAGCCAUGGCCGCCAACGCCACCGCCGUCCCACAGGCUUACCAAGCCUACACGUCGGCGGCGGUGCCCGACUGGCUGAACAAAGGCGACAACGCUUGGCAGAUGACCUCCGCCACCCUCGUCGGCCUGCAGAGUGUCCCCGGCCUCAUCAUCCUCUACGGCAGCAUAGUCAAGAAGAAGUGGGCCGUCAACUCUGCCUUCAUGGCUCUCUACGCCUUCGCCGCCGUUGUCAUCUGCUGGGUCAUCUGGGCCUACAAGAUGUCCUUCGGCGAGAAGCUCCUACCGUUCUGGGGCAAAGCCGGCCCCGCCUUGGGCCAGAAGUUCCUGAUCAAGCAAGCGGCGCUGCCCGCCACCGUCCACCACUUCCACAACGGCACGGUGGAGACGGCCAUGGCGACGCCAUACUAUCCGAUGGCGUCAAUGGUGUGGUUCCAGUGCGUGUUCGCCGCCAUAACGGUGAUUCUGCUGGCGGGGUCGUUGCUGGGGAGGAUGAACAUUAAGGCUUGGAUGAUGUUCGUGCCGCUGUGGCUGACGUUCUCGUACACGGUGGGGGCUUUCAGCUUGUGGGGCGGCGGCUUCUUGUUCCACUGGGGCGUCAUUGAUUACUCCGGUGGCUAUGUCAUCCAUCUCUCGUCGGGGAUCGCCGGCAUCACCGCUGCUUACUGGGUGGGGCCAAGAUCAAAAGCAGACAGGGAGAGGUUUCCGCCGAACAACGUGUUGCUAAUGCUGGCGGGGGCGGGGCUGCUGUGGAUGGGGUGGGCGGGGUUCAAUGGCGGCGACCCCUACAGCGCCAACAUCGAUUCCUCCAUGGCCGUCCUCAACACCAACAUCUGCGCCGCCACCAGCCUCCUCGUCUGGACCUGGCUCGACGUCAUCUUCUUCGACAAACCCUCCGUCAUCGGAGCCGUCCAGGGUAUGAUCACUGGCCUUGUUUGCAUCACCCCGGGUGCAGGCCUUGUUCAAGGUUGGGCAGCCAUAGUAAUGGGAAUACUCUCUGGAAGCGUUCCAUGGUUCACAAUGAUGAUAGUCCACAAGAAGUGGUGGCUCCUCCAGACCAUCGACGAUACACUCGGAGUCUUCCACACCCACGCCGUCGCCGGCUUCCUCGGCGGCAUACUCACGGGCCUCUUUGCCGAGCCCGUCCUCUGCUCCCUCUUCCUGCCUGUCACCAACUCACGCGGAGGAGUCUAUGGCGGCGUCGGUGGCGUGCAAUUCCUCAAACAAAUUGUGGGCGGCGGUUUCAUCAUUGGUUGGAACAUAGUUGUCACGUCGAUCAUUUGUGUUCUGAUUAGUUUCGUUAUCCCAUUGCGCAUGCCGGAGGAGCAGUUGCUAAUAGGAGACGACGCGGUGCAUGGCGAGGAGGCGUACGCUCUCUGGGGUGAUGGGGAGAAGUAUGAUCACACCAAGCAUGGCAGCACGCCCGAUGUUCAGACGCCGCAUCACAAGGCGGCCAUCGGGGCUACACAAGUUGUGUAAAUAAUGGAUAGUAGUCCGGAUGUGGUUCAUUUCUUUGCAUUGCGAUUGUCAUCUCUAGACUGCCAAACUUAUUUAAUGUGUGUAUAUGAACCUUUUUUUAGUUACUUGUCAUUUUGCAC